UUCACUCGAAACUAAAACUUGACGACUUCACAUAUUCCAACUUUCCAAUACCAAAAGGAGCCUGCCUUAUACACUCACUCUUUCUCUAAAAGAAAAAACCCCCAAAACCACAAAACCCUAAGAAAGAAAACAAUGUCGGAUGAGGAUCUGAACUCCAUCUUCAAACCAGGAACAGAGGUUGAAAUCAGCAGCAACGAGGAGGGGUUCCGAGGAGCAUGGUACACAGGGACAGUAGUGAAAUCGAAAAACCGGAACAAACUAAUUCAAGUGGAGUACAAGACAUUAAUGGCGGACGAAUCGGGAAGGAAGCCGCUCCGUGAAACCUUAAAUGUGGUCCAGUUGAGGCCUCUGGCGCCUCGAGAGAAAGGGGAGCUGGAAUUUAAGUUCAGCGACGAGGUAGAUGCCUAUUAUAAUGACGGGUGGUGGGAGGGGGUUAUUACGGGUGUUUUACCCGGUAACCGCUAUGACGUCUUCUUUAGAGCUACUAGAGAACAGCUGGAGUUUAGUGCCUCCCAGCUUAGGAUCCAUAGAGAGUGGUUUUAUGGGAACUGGCUUCCACCGCUUCAACAACAGGAUCAGGAUCAGGCAUAUAUCUCUACAGGGUUGAACAUCUCUAACAACGACAAGUUUAUUAAAGGAGCAACUGUAGAAGUAUGCAGUGACGAGGAGGGCUACUACGGCGCUUGGUUUACCGCCACAAUUGUUGAACAAUUAAGCAACGGGAAUUUCAAAAUCGAAUACAAGUCCCUAAGAAACGAUGACGAUACGGCUCUUCUUACAGAAAUCGUUGAUUCCAACCACAUUCGUCCGUGUCCUCCUACAGAAACCAUUGAGCAUUUCCGUAUGUUUGAAGAAGUGGAUGCUUUGUGCAACGACGGGUGGUGGGUGGGUGUGGUUUCUAAGGUUUUAAGCCGACAAAAGUACGAGGUGUUUUUUAGGGGGACGGACGAGGAACUGGUGGUGAAGCAGUCUGAUUUAAGGCGGCAUCUUGAAUGGAUCAAUGGGAAAUGGAUAUCGUCUUCUUCGGUAUGUAACUUGAUUCACAGGUAAGAAAUGUCAUUUGAUGUAGUAGUUAUUAUUAGUUGAUGGUUUGGUGGAACUUGGAAUUACUUGGUCAUGUGACUUGCACAUGCCAAAUGUUAUGGAUGUUUUUGUACUUGAAAAGUCCACUACUUCUCUCCUUUUUAGUUUUAUUGAAUAUCUAUGGGUUUGCUGUUACAA